CUGAACGUAUUUAUCGAGGGCGACAACAGAGCUACCACUUCUUCGGGAGAGGCUGGAAACAACACUGGUUGCUAUUUCCCCACAAAAAUCUACAAUGCUGAAAUAGUGGAGAAUGCGCAAGGAAGGCGGAAGCUUGUGAAGGUGACUUCUUCAUGCGAGACUGAGGGUCGCCCCUACGAAUACUCUCUGGUUUACGCUACAGAUCAAUUCGAAUUGAAUCCAAAGACUGGUGAAUUAUUUGCGAUACUUCCACUCGAUCGCGAACGGCGCUCCUAUAAUUUUCUGUACAUAGAAGUCUCUCCUGGCGCCGAUAAAAUCAGCGCAGAACGUCGUGUCAUACGAGAAAAUCCCGUUAUUGAAAAAGCAAAAGCGAAACUGAACAGCACACAAACUUUGGUCGUUGUUCGAGUUCUCGACGAAAACGACAAUGCGCCAGCAUUCUUGCACGGAACGGACGAUGACGAUGCG